AUUAGACCUAAUAUCUGCCAUCACAUGGCUUUGUUUCCUAUGAAUACCUGAAAUCUAAUAAUUCAUUAAAGGGACUGUCUCUAGGCCUUGUGAUUAUAUAUUCAUCCCACUUCCAUUGCCUCAUACCAAUCACAACAGCUGCAUUUAGCAAUCAGAUAUCUAAGACCUAAAAGUUCCCUCUUCUUUUCUUUCAUCUGAGUCUUUCCUACUAAAAUAAGAAAAGCAAGAUGAUCAGUGCCAAGAAGCUUAUCAAGUUAGCAAGAAAAUGGCAAAAAAUGGCUUCAAUUAGGAGAAAAAUAAUCACAUUACCCAGAACCACCAGGGACGCUGAAACAACCAGUUGCAGCACAUCAUCGGUGGUCGGAAAGGGUCACUUUGUUGUAUACAGUGUGGAUCAGAAACGCUUUGUGCUUCCUUUGGAAUAUCUAAAGAACAAAAUUGUGAUGGAGCUAUUCAACUUGGCAGCAGAAGAGUUUGGACUACCAGGCGAUGGUCUUCUCAUCUUGCCUUGUGAUGCAAACUUUAUAGAAUAUGUAAUUGCUCUCAUCAAAAUGAAACCGAGAAAAGAAGUGGAGAAAGCAUUGAUCCUCUCUGUAGGCACCUGUCAUUGCUCAUCAUUAUAUCUUUAUCAGCAAGAAAUAAGCCAGCAGUUGCCAACAUGUAGCUUUUGAAGCAAUAUUUUUCUCAUCAUGUAAUUGAUCUACACCUUUGUAGAUU